UCGAAACGCGAGGCGGUAAACAUGUUUUGAGAAAACGAGCUCUCGCCGAACGAACGAAGUCGAACUGCUGAGUCGCGCCAAGUGCCAAGUUCAAAAAUACCAAGUUAGCAAUUACCCACUGCGAGUUGCAAGUUGCAAGUUGCCAGUUGCCAGUUGCCAGUUACGUGUCGAGCAACCGAAUCGCACAAGUAAACAAAAGUGAAAAUCGCAAAACGCAAAGCCAGCUCACACAGGAUUACAGGGCAUCGGGCUGCGGAAAAAGCGAUCGAAAAAUGAAAACCAGAAAGUGACCAAGUCGUGCCCAAACACCGCAACCCGCAAUCCACGGCUAACACAGCUGAGAAAAGUUAAGAAAUCGUUAGAGUUAACCAGCCCACUAGCAAAUCACCAAAAUGCCAGCCACAUCUUCCGUCGUCGCCCUCGCCUGCCUGUUGCUCCUCGCGGCCCAGGCGCAUGCGCAGCAGCAGCAGUGCAACUGGCAGUACGGCCUCUCCACCAUGGACAUCCGGUGCGGCGUGCGCGCCCUGGAGGCCACCUCGGGGUCCCCGCUGGACCUGCAGGUGGCGGAGACGGCCGGCCGUCUGGAGCUGCAGUGCAGCCAGGAGCUGCUGCACGCCAGCGAGCUGGCCCCCGGACUCUUCCGCCAGCUGCAGAAGCUCUCGGAGCUGCGGAUCGACGCCUGCAAGCUGCAGCGGGUGCCGCCCAACGCCUUCGAGGGCCUCCUGUCCCUCAAGCGCCUCGCCCUGGAGUCGCACAACGCGGUCUGGGGCCCGGGAAAGACCCUCGAGCUGCACGGCCAGUCGUUCCAGGGCCUGAAGGAGCUCUCCGAGCUCCACUUGGGCGACAACAACAUCCGGCAGCUGCCCGAGGGCGUCUGGUGCUCCAUGCCCAGCCUGCAGGUGCUCAACCUCACCCAGAACCGCAUCCGCUCGGCCGAGUUCCUCGGCUUCUCCGAGAAACUCUGUGCCGGAUCGGCCCUGAGCAACGCCAACGGAGCCGUCAGCGGCGGCUCGGAGCUGCAGACCCUGGAUGUCUCGUCCAACGAGCUGCGAUCCCUGCCCGACGCCUGGGGCGCGUCGCGUCUGAGGCGCCUCCAGACGCUCAGCCUGCAGCACAACAACAUCAGCAGCCUGGCGCCCAACGCCCUGGCCGGCCUGGGCUCCCUGCGCGUGCUGAACAUCUCUUUCAACCACCUGGAGUCCCUGCCCUCGGAGGCCUUUGCCGGGAACAAGGAGCUGCGCGAGCUGCAUCUGCAGGGCAACGAUCUGUACGAUCUGCCCAAGGGACUGCUGCACCGCCUGGAGCAGCUCUUGGUGCUCGACCUGAGCGGCAACCAGCUGACCAGCCACCACGUGGACAACAGCACCUUCGCCGGCCUGAUCCGCCUGAUUGUGCUGAACCUCUCGAACAACGCCCUGACCCGCAUCGGAGCCAAGACCUUCAAGGAGCUGUACUUCCUGCAGAUCCUGGACAUGCGCAACAACUCCAUUGGCCAUAUCGAGGAGGGCGCCUUCCUGCCGCUGUACAACCUGCACACCCUCAACCUCGCCGAGAACCGCCUGCACACCCUGGACAACCGCAUCUUCAACGGCCUGUAUGUGCUGACCAAGCUCACGCUGAACAACAACCUCGUGAGCAUCGUGGAGUCGCAGGCCUUCCGCAACUGUUCCGACCUCAAGGAACUGGACCUCAGCUCCAACCAGCUGACCGAGGUGCCCGAGGCCGUGCAGGACCUGAGCAUGCUGAAGACCCUGGAUCUUGGCGAGAACCAGAUCUCGGACUUCAAGAACAACACCUUCCGCAACCUCAACCAGCUGACGGGCUUGCGGUUGAUCGACAACCGCAUCGGCAACAUCACCGUGGGCAUGUUCCAGGAUCUGCCGCGUUUGAGCGUCUUGAACCUGGCCAAGAACCGCAUCCAGAGCAUCGAGCGCGGCGCCUUCGACAAGAACACCGAGAUCGAGGCCAUCCGCCUGGACAAGAACUUCCUGACCGACAUCAACGGCGUCUUCGCCACCCUGGCCUCCCUGCUGUGGCUCAAUCUCUCCGAGAAUCACCUGGUGUGGUUCGACUACGCCUUCAUUCCCUCGAACCUCAAGUGGCUGGAUAUCCACGGCAACUACAUCGAGGCCCUGGGCAACUACUACAAGCUGCAGGAGGAGAUCCGAGUGACCACGCUGGAUGCGUCGCACAACCGCAUCACCGAGAUCGGAGCCAUGUCGGUGCCGAACUCCAUUGAGCUGCUGUUCAUCAACAACAACAUCAUUGGCCAGAUCCAGGCCAACACCUUUGUGGACAAGACGCGACUGGCCCGCGUGGACCUGUACGCCAAUGUGCUCUCCAAGAUCUCCCUGAACGCUCUGCGAGUGGCCCCCGUCUCGGCGGAGAAGCCCGUGCCCGAGUUCUACCUGGGCGGCAACCCCUUCGAGUGCGACUGCUCCAUGGAGUGGCUGCAGCGGAUCAACAACCUGACCACCCGCCAGCACCCGCACGUGGUGGACCUGGGAAACAUCGAAUGCCUGAUGCCGCACAGCCGCAGUGCUCCACUGCGCCCGCUGGCCACCCUGACCGCCUCCGACUUCCUCUGCAAGUACGAGAGCCACUGCCCGCCCACGUGCCACUGCUGCGAGUACGAGCAGUGCGAGUGCGAGGUGAUCUGCCCGGGCAACUGCAGCUGCUUCCACGACGCCACCUGGGCCACCAACAUCGUGGACUGUGGCCGCCAGGACCUGGCCACCCUGCCCAGCCGCAUCCCCCUGGACGUGAGCGAUCUCUAUCUGGACGGCAACAACAUGCCCGAGCUGGAGGUGGGCCACCUGACCAACCGCCGCAAUCUGCGAGCCCUCUACCUGAACGCCUCCAAUCUGAUGACCCUGCACAACGGCAGUCUCGCCCAGUUGACCAAUCUGCGAGUGCUCCACCUGGAGAACAACAAGCUGACCACGCUGGAGGGAUCCGAGUUCCGUUCGCUGGCUCUACUGCGGGAGCUGUACCUUCACAACAACAUGCUGACCCACAUCUCGAACACCACCUUCGAGCCGCUGGUCUCCCUGGAGGUGCUCCGCCUGGACAACAACCGCCUGAGCUCGCUGCCAAACCUGCAGUACCGCCACAGCCUGCAGGGACUGACGCUGGGCAGGAAUGCCUGGUCGUGCCGCUGCCAGCAGCUGCGGGAGCUGGCCCAGUUCGUCUCCGACAAUGCCAUGGUGGUGCGGGAUGCCCACGACAUCUACUGCCUGGAUGCGGGCAUCAAGCGGGAGCUGGAGCUCAUGGGCAACCUGGCCAACGGACCCGACUGCUCUGAACUUCUGGACGCCAGUGCCAGCAACAUCAGCUCUUCGCAGGAUCUGGCCGGAGGCUACAGGCUGCCCCUGCUGGCCGCCGUCCUGGUGUUGAUCUUCCUGGUUGUGGUCCUCAUCAUCGGCUUUGUCUUCCGCGAGAGCGUUCGCAUGUGGCUGUUCGCCCACUACGGAGUCAGGGUGUGUGAGCCCCGCUUCGAGGACGCCGGCAAGCUGUACGACGCCAUUAUCCUGCACUCCGAGAAGGACUACGAGUUCGUGUGCCGCAACAUCGCCGCCGAGCUGGAGCACGGUCGUCCGCCCUUCCGCCUCUGCAUCCAACAGCGGGACCUGCCCCCGCAGGCCUCGCACCUCCAGCUUGUGGAGGGGGCCCGCGCCUCGAGGAAGAUCAUCUUGGUGCUGACGCGCAACCUCCUGGCCACCGAGUGGAACCGCAUCGAGUUCCGCAACGCCUUCCACGAGUCGCUGCGGGGUCUGGCCCAGAAACUGGUGAUCAUCGAGGAGACCAGCGUAUCCAGCGAGGCCGAGGACGUGGCCGAGCUGUCGCCCUACCUGAAGUCCGUGCCCUCGAACCGCCUGCUGACCUGCGACCGGUACUUCUGGGAGAAACUGCGCUACGCCAUCCCCAUUGAGCUCUCGCCCCGUGGCAACAACUACACCUUGGAUCACCACGAGCGCUUCAAGCAGCCCGUCUCCCCGGGCAUGAUCUUCCGCCAGGCGCCACCGCCGCCGGCCUACUACUGCACCGAGGACAUGGAGGCCAACUACAGCUCCGCCACCACGGCCACGCCCUCGCCGCGCCCCACGCGCCCUGGAGGAGCCGCUCGCAUCGUGGACUCCAUGCCCAUGCGCCCGCCCUCGGAGCACAUCUACCACAGCAUCGAGUCGGAGUACAGCGCCUACGACCAGCACGAGGCGCUCUCCAUGAUUCCCACGGGCCUGAUGCACCAGCAGCAGCAGCAGUUGCGCCUCCACCAGCAGCAGCAGCAGCAGCGGCUGCUGCAGCCGCAGUUCCGGGCCAUGCCGCAGCAGGCGAUGCCGGUGGCCUCGGCCCCGGUGCACCUGCGCAGUGGCAGCGGACUGAGCCAGGCCAGCACCAGCACCCAGUCGACGGCCCAGGCCUCCACGUCCGCAGCAGCGGCGCAGCAGCAGCAGCAGCAACAGGCAGCUGGCGGCAGCGAGGCGGCCAAUAAGAACGGCCAGGCCUUCCUGGUCUAAAGCUACCCCAAUGGCCAUCUAGAGGGUCCUCGGCGCAGGAGCGGCCAUCUUGAAGCUGAUCGCUUACUGGCGCAAGGACUCGCGGAGAGGAAGCAGAAACAGGAUCCACGCACCACCACACACACAUCCAAAACAAAAGACUUUUCGUAGGCAUUUUGUGGAGACCCCGCAUAUUUAUAUGUAUUUUUUGUGAAGCGUUGCGCCUUUGGAUGCUGUGGUUGUUGACGUUCCGUAGUUGUGUAGCACUGCCAAAAAUAGGGGAAACCGAACACAGAAGACGCACAAGACACGCCCACUACACAUUCAGAUACGAGCAUAUAGGCAUACAUUAUAUAGUUACCAUAAACGUAAACAACAAUUACUAGAAAUGUUUUUCAGAAACACUUUCAAAUUCAAUGUGAUAUAUUAAUUAACUAUAAUUAAAGCGGCACACUAGACUACGGCCCUAACUGUAAUGCGUAGACCUAUUAGUAGUUCUAGCCAGGCGUACAGAACGUAAACCUAAAACUAAACUAAACUAUUGUUAACUACGACUAAGCGCAAUGCUAAACUCACAUUCGUUCGUGUUCGUCGAUUCAUUCAUCCUAGGCUACACGAAACAAUAACUAUUUGAAUAUUCGAUAACUUACGUGUAUAUAGAACAAUCGCAAGGGCAACCACAUUUAGAGCACUUAAUGUAUUUAUGUAUCGUACUGUAUAGAGAUGGCGGAGCUAAAUUAAUUGAAUUAAAUUUACUUAACGACGAAAUGUAUUAUUAAAUUAAUUAUUACAAUUACUUAAAGCGAGCGGAAGAGUAUAUCUGCGGAAUAAAAUGCAAAACAUUACAAAAAUAUUGACAAAAAUUAA